AUGGCUACGCAUGAAAGCAAGAAGAAGGAACCCAUAAGGAAGCAGGAUGAAAUUGAAGAAAUUAGCGGCUCAACUGAACAUAUGGAAUCCUUACUAACAGUGAUAUUUACAAGCACUACUAACCUUGGUGAUAACGAUGCAAAUUCUUCAAGUGAACUCAUGGUUGCAUUGCAAGAUAUUAAUGAUAAGGCUGGAACAUCUUUACUGAACAUAUGGAACCCUUACAAACUAUUAGAGACUAAGAAAGUCUAUAAAGGUGUUGUUACAUCUAAAUACUAUUUGUGUAAUAAACAAGGGAUGAGGGAAGAGAAAUUAGGUGCAUUGAGAAGAAGGCUUGUAACUCGUGAAGCAAUUGGGGCAGAUAGUAUUAGUAGGAGAAACUAUUCAUUGUUUGGUGAUUCGAUAUCUGUGGAUGCUACUUAUGGUACUAACAAGUAUAAUCAAAUUUUUGUUCCUUUCACGGGUGUUGACCAUCACAAAAAAUGUGUUACUUUUGCUGAGGGUCUUAUUAGUAGGGAAGAUGUAUCUUCUUAUACUUGGUUAUUUGAAUCUUUUUUGAGGGCAAUGGAUGGAAAACAACCAGAUUCCAUUAUAACAGACCAAGAUUCAGCCAUAAAAAUUGCUCUACCCAAUGUUUUUGACAAGUCUAUUCAUAAAUUCUGUUGUUGGCAUAUAAUGAAGAAACUUACUGAUAAAGUUUCUAUUGAGUUACGUAAUGAUGAUGAGUUUUUAAGAAGAAUUAAUAGACUUGUUUAUAAUAGGAAUAAUGAGCCCCAUGAAUUUGAAGAUCAGUGGUCAAAACUGAUGUCGGAUUAUGAGCAUGCUAAUUUAAGAACUAAUGACUGGUUGAAUAGUAUGUAUGAUAUUAGAGAAAUGUGGGUGCCCGCAUAUUUUAGAGAUCUUUAUAUGGGUGGUUUGCUUAGAACAACAUCUAGGUCGGAAAGUGAGAACAAUUUUUUCAAUUACUUUGUGAACAAAUUUCUUACAUUAGUUGAACUCCAAAUGAGGUUUCAAAGUGCGAUGGAUAUUCAACGUUAUAUGAUGCAGACACUAGAUAGUAAAUGCAAAUUAUAUUCUGCACCUUUGAAGACUCGUAUCCCUCUUGAAAAACAUGCUUCUAGUGUCUACACAGAUGUUGUUUUUAAGGAUUUUCAAGAACAAAUUCUUAGUGCACGCGAUGAGUGUGGUUUUGAAAAGAAUUUCGUUAGAGAUGGCAAGGAUGUGUAUCGUGUGGUACAUUUCAACACUGGGACAAUUUUUGAAGUUGUGUAUGAUGCACAAACAUUGUAUGUUGAUUGCUCUUGUAAGUUAUUCAAAAGAGUAGGAGUCUUAUGUAAGCAUGCAUUAUGGGUUUUGCAUGCAAAAGGCGUGAAAUAUAUACCAGAACCUUACAUAUUGAAAAGGUGGACAAAAGAUGCUAGCAAAACACCUGUCUAUGAUAUUGAUGGCACGUUAUUGGAUGGUAAUAAUGCUAUGGAAUCUAGAAAAGGGGUUUUAGGAGAUGUUUGGAAUGAGGUACAUCGAUGCAUUAGUUUGGCAGAAGAUGAUGAGGAUGAUUUGGUUGAACUUUUGCACAAAAUGAAGUUGUAUUCAGCUGAGCUUUUAGCAAAAAAGAAUCGUGGGGUUGAGAAGACAAAACGUCAAGAGUUGGAAAAUUUUUUGGGUUGCGAAGCUCCUACAACAAUUACAAUUCAAUACCCUAAACAAUCUUCAAACAAAGGCAAGAGGAAAGAAAAAGAUCCAAAACAAAAGGAUACUGAAGAUGAAGAAGAGCAAAGGGUGACCAAGUAA